UACAUAAUUACUUAUGAGUAAUAUUAUUCUCGCCAAAAGCGCUGUUUAGUUCACAAAGUGAUAAGAUUAUGCGAGUAAGUAAAGUGUGAAAACACUUUGCGAUGGAGUAUAUAAAGAGGGAAACAUUCCGAAUAUUUUGUUAUUGCAUUUGCUUUCGUCGUCAAGACCAUAGAAAAGGGUAACUUCUUAUAAUUUGAUUGAAUGUCUAUCAUGUUAGUUACUUUCGCAUGGAUACUUAUUGCCAUCACGUCAAAGGGAGCAGUCUCUCAUGGAGAGAAUUGUAGUGAGGAAGGCAAUAGAGGGUUAGACAUGAUUCCGAAUAAUGAAACAGGACUAAGGACUGCGCAAUGGAGCGAAAAUAUGAACGUAAACCCUGACGAAUUGGGUAACUACUUUGAAGGAGAUAUCAUGGCCGCAAAUAACAUUAAAAGAAAUGUACUGACUAAUGAGUCUACUGAUUGGCGUUGGUCUAAUGGCGUUAUUCCUAUCGUAGUCGAUGGCGAUUUCGAUGAAGAAGGACAUGAACGUAUACGUCAAGCAAUAAAUGAAUUUAAAAAGUAUACAUGCAUGGAAAUUAAAGAUAGGACUAACGAAGAAAACUAUGUCAAACUCAGUAGCGAUUAUUCUGGAUGCUGGAGCGAGAUUGGCAGAAAAGGCGGUGAACAACAAAUGAAUUUGCAGAUUCCUGAAUGUUUAGGAAAAGGUGUUAUCAUGCAUCAAUUUAUGCAUACUGCUGGCUUUUCUCACGAGCAUACCAGAUCAAACCGAGAUAAUUAUGUGAAAAUCAAUUGGGAAAAUAUUCAAGAAGAUGCCAAAGGGAAGUUCAAAAAAGCUGAGCUGGAGUGGAGUGAUUUUGAUAUCCCUUAUGAUUAUGACAGCAUAAUGCAUUCUUCAGCGUACGCGGAUGCCGUACUCAAUCACACAAAAACUAUUAUCCCCUUAAAAGAUCCAAAGGCAAAAAUCGGCCAGAGAGAACGCCUCAGCGAUUGGGACAUUAUGAAGAUAAAUGUAAUGUAUAAUUGCUAAUCGCUGUCACACAAUCAAAUUAUAUAGAAAUUAUCCUAGAAUUGUAUCCUGCACCAAAAUAAUUCUCAUUAAUUUGCGAUGCUGAUAAUGCGAUGCUGAUAAUGCAUAAAUAAAAAAUUAAUCUUAGAUGUAAUUUUCAUGUUAUAC